CUUCUCGAUUGGUGGUUAAUCAACCAAAGUGUACAAACAAACACGUACAUGUACAUGUACAUGUAUACGUAUGCCAUGUCCGUACACACUCUCUCAUAUAGACAGACACAAGCGAGUGGGUGAAUUCGAAUCAUCUAGGGCAUAUUCACAAAGCCGCCUGCAGCUGCCUGUGGCUGUUGCAUCACAGCUGCCGGGCCUCCCAUCGCCAUAUACCCCACCGGCGCUACCGCAGGCCCUCUCGGCUGCUCGUACACCACUUGCGGCGGCUGCUGCUGCGGCACGUAGUACUGCUGCUGCUGUUGCUGUUGGGGCAGAGGGACGUAUUGAGGCACCUGCACCACAGCAGGCGCCUGUGGCUGCUGUACCGCCGACCAGCCGUACUGCACUGGGACGACGGGCUGUUGGUAGAGAGGGGCAGGAGGAGGCGUCUGGAUGUAGGCGGGCGACACCGGCCGAGGAAUGUCUUGAACAAAAAUAGGCUGGGUUGCAGGCGAGUAGUGGCUGAUCGAGCUCGGCGGCUGCGCGAUGUAGGAAGAAGGCGAGGUCAGCGGCAUCAUUUGUUGCUGCGUGGUUGUCUGAUACGUCUGAUACAUGAUACCGUCCCCAUUCUCCUUUCCAUGUUGGCCAUGCUCGCUGAUGCUCCUCAACUUCGCUGGAGAGCUGCUUGUGCUCCGAUGCGGAUAAUUUGUAGCCGCUGCGCCAUCACCAGACGGCCGCGAUGCCAUGGAUAAGUCAACGGUUUCAUCGCUGUCUUCAGUGGUCUUCUCGAAGCUGCACGUGCACCGCAGUCGGCUGUCCUCAGACAAAGAAUUGGAGAGCUGGAUCAGCGAUGCCGCCCCUGCAGAGCUCUCAUUGGCUGUCAUUCGAGGCCGCCCCGCACCCUCUCCCUGUGGUGGGAUCUCGAUGAGCACGGGCACAGAGUAGAGGUGCUGCCUUUCGACGCGGGUUGUGCCGUCCUCAUCUUGAGAAACCUGCAGGAGGGGGUGCCACGACUGCAACGCGUGCGUGGUGGAGGCCAAGAAGCCCAGCAACAGCACCGAUUGAAACAUCUCCACACUUGGCGGUUGCAU